AUGGUGGAUGGACUUGGUGCAGACUCCACUCUGAAGCCUCCUAACGUCGUUGCUGGUGCAGCGAAAUUUAGCCCUUCCAAGCAAAGGCUUCCAUUCCGGCGUGUCGAAGAUGAUGCCUCCGGAGUUCUACCAGAGUUGGCUGACAAUUCUUUUGCUGCGAAGAAAGGAGCUCGAGGCAGUUGGGGCGAACGCGCGGACAUGACACUUAAAUUCACUCGCGGCAAGGAUUUCCGCCACGAGAAGACAAAGAAGAAACGUGGGACAUACAGUGGUGGAGUCAUCUCCACUGCUGUGUGUUCCUUCAAAUUUAACGAAUAG